AUGGCAGUGGUACCAGUGGACUUGUUUCACAUGGGAGGAGCUCAGACAGCUGGGGAAGUAGCAGAUGACAUAUUUGGAAUUGGACCUCGACCUGAUGGAGGUGGAGAUGGAUCAGAUGGAAAUGGAGGUGGAGACGGAUCAGAUGCGGGUGACAUGAAUCGAGUUGGUACAGCAUGCUCGAAGAACGACAUAACAAUCUUCCAAGGGGAAACAUCGCCACUCCCAAAUGGAAUUCCGGCUUACACAGUUCAGAUACUCAACAUGUGUGUAUCAGCUGGUUGCAGCAUUUCUGACAUUCACAUCAACUGUGGAUGGUUUAGCUCCGCGCGCUUUGUCAAUCCAAGAGUCUUCCGGCGCAUGGACUACAACGACUGCCUAGUCAAUGAUGGCCAGCCUCUUGGCCCUGGACAAACCCUCUCUUUCCAAUAUGCCAAUACCUUUCCUUACCCUCUUUCUGUUUCAUCUGUUGCUUGUUAA